AUGACUUUCAAUGCAAUUUCGUUGUUGAAAAGUGAUGCUGCAGAGAAAGCCUGUGAGUAUCUGACUUCAGUUCUGGGUACAAACCCCUUACUCCUGACAGAGCUGGAUCUGAGUGGGAAGAAACCAGGAGACUCAAGAGUGAAGCAGUUCUGUGCUCUACUGGAGGAUUCUCACUGCAGACUGAAGACACUUAAGCUUAAUAACAGCAGUAUAACAGAAGGAGGCUGUGCUGAUCUGACUUCAGCUCUCAGAUCAAACCCCUCACACCUGAUAGAGCUGAAUCUGAGUGGGAAUAAACUAGGAGACUCAGGAGUGAAGCACAUCUCUGCUCUACUGCAGAAUCCACACUGUAAACUACAGAAACUGCUGCUUAAUAACAGCAGUAUAACAGCAGAAGGCUGUGCUGCUCUGACUUCAGCUCUCAGAUCAAACCCCUCACACCUGAUAGAGCUGCAUCUGAGUGGGAAUAAACUAGGAGACUCAGGAGUGAAGCACAUCUCUGAUCUACUGGAGAAUCCAAACAAUAAACUUGAGAAACUGGAACUCUUGACAAGACACCGCAACCCUUAUGGUAAAAAUGCAGGUAAAAAUGCAGGAGACUCCAGGGCCAUCAGCAGCAAAACUGUGGGUCCUCUAGUAGGGGGCAAACAGGCUGCUGGAAUCCAGACUGACACUGGCUGUACCAACCCCUGGGGCGUCUUCAGUGAUGUUGAGUUUGGGUCUCCUGGCACAGGCAUGACUAGAGCAUGGGAUGCACCUCCUGGCACAGGCAUGACUACAACAUGGGAUGCACCUCCUGGCACAGGCAUGACUACAACAUGGGAUGCAGUUUGGGUCUCCUGGCACAGGCAUGACUAG